AUCUACGUCGUCCAUCCCAGCAAUGUGGUGCAUGACCCUGUGCUUUAUCUUGGCUUCAAUUGGCUAACGCCAUGGAGUCUGCAAGAACCUUCUAUGAGGAUCAUGGCUCAUCGGCUCAAUCGGAGAAUUUUCUGCAUAACGUCCGAGGCAGUGAGUCCGGAGCUACUGCAAGCUGGUGAUGACCUGGACUCGACUGGACAAGCUUUCUUCACGGAUUUGUACACCAUGAUCGACACGCUCCCCUUGCCCUACAAGUUGAUCUUGAUGGACAAUACCUUUGGACUUGGAGUCCCCCUGCUCUGGAAGUUGCAGCCGCGGCUGAAGCACAUCCUGGUAGUAAAUACCAGCUGGGUCUUCAGGCGGGAACGUUCUCUGUGGACCUGCAUAUCGGGGUGGGGCAGCAUGAGGCUUAUGUAA